AUGGAGAACUUCCAGAAGGUGGAGAAGAUCGGCGAGGGCACCUACGGGGUUGUGUACAAGGCCAGGAACAAAGUCACCGGCGAGGUGGUGGCGCUGAAGAAAAUCCGCCUGGAUACAGAGACGGAGGGCGUCCCCAGCACGGCCAUCCGGGAGAUCUCCCUGCUCAAGGAGCUGAAUCACUCCAACAUCGUCAAGCUGCUGGACGUGAUCCACACGGAGAACAAGCUCUACCUGGUCUUCGAGUUCCUGCACCAGGACCUGAAGAAGUUCAUGGACUCGUCCUCCAUCAGCGGCAUCCCUCUGCCCCUCAUCAAGAGUUACCUGUUCCAGCUGCUGCAGGGCCUGGCUUUCUGCCACUCCCACCGGGUGCUGCACCGCGACCUCAAGCCCCAGAACCUGCUCAUCAAUGCCGAGGGAGCCAUCAAGCUGGCGGACUUCGGGCUGGCGCGGGCGUUCGGCGUGCCGGUGCGAACCUACACCCAUGAGGUGGUGACUCUCUGGUACCGCGCCCCUGAAAUCCUGCUCGGCUGCAAGUACUACUCGACGGCCGUGGAUAUCUGGAGCCUGGGCUGCAUCUUUGCCGAGAUGAUCACCAGGCGAGCCCUGUUUCCCGGAGACUCGGAAAUUGACCAGCUCUUCCGCAUCUUCCGGACGCUGGGCACCCCGGACGAGGCCGUGUGGCCGGGGGUCACUUCCAUGCCUGAUUACAAGCCCAGCUUCCCCAAAUGGGCCAGACAGGACUUCAGCAAGGUGGUGCCCCCCCUGGACGAGGAAGGGAGGAAGCUCUUGGCUCAAAUGCUGCACUACGACCCCAACAAGCGGAUUUCGGCCAAGUCAGCGCUGAACCAUCCCUUCUUCCGGGACGUCACCAAGGCCGUCCCUCACCUGCGCUUGUGAAGUGGCUUCGGGGAGGGGGCCGGCCCAGCCAGGACUCUGCUGCCCCCACGCUGGCUCUGUCUGGCCUAUGCCUGUA